AUGACCGACUCGGCCCUAUCAUCAGAGAUGGAACGCCUCACCGCGCAGCUGAACCUCAAAGACACCGCGACAGGUGGCCCUCCUUCGCGAGCAUCCCCGCUGUCCUCUAGUUCUUCCCCGUCCCUUCGUCCUGCCCCGGGUACCGGCGGUUCAUCGGCUACAAGACCUUCACCAAACACCGCCGUCGGUGCCGCAGAACGUGCGCGUCAAAUGGCGGGCGCUCGCCUUCCUCCAAGCCUCCAGGCCAAACUGGCCGCCAACGCGAAUCGAUCCACCAUGUCGCCCAACCCAGGUCAAGGCGUCAUGGGCCACGACCAGCGCAUCGACAGCAACGCCAGCGCCUCACUCUUUGUAUCUGCAAGCAACCGCCCUGGAACUCUGCCAGGCACUGGCAUGGGCGGUCUUGCUGCUCGUCGGGGUGUUCCGGGCGCACUUGGUGGGCCCUCGAGUGGCGGACCUGCCUCGCCAUCAGCAGCAGGUGCCGCAGGUAUGGGCACAAGACGCAAUCGACCUGGCCUCAAACUAAGUGAUAUGGGUAUCGGCACCGGAGAUGGGAUGGACACGACGCAAAAGAGUGGUAUGGGCGCCGGCGCAGGCCGCCGAGCUCCACCACCGGGGCGACUUUCCGAUAGCACCGGCGUUCCCAGCAAGGCAGGCGAUGCAGGAGCCCAAGAAGACGGCGGCGCCAUGUCCACGCCCUUCAGCAACUUUUCCAAGAUUGUCGACCCGUCGGGACGUCUCAAUUUCAGCGGCAAGGCCGUCCUGCACGCCUCGGGUGUCGAGUUUGGCAACGGCACGUCGUUCAAGAUCAACAUGGCCGAACUGGAGCUCAUGGACGAGCUGGGCAAGGGCAACUAUGGUACCGUGCGCAAGGUGCGCCACACGCAGACGCAUGUCGAGAUGGCCAUGAAGGAGAUCCGGCUCGAGCUGGACGAAUCGUCGAGUUCUACGGCGCCUUCUUCAUCGAGUCGUGCGUCUACUACUGCAUGGAGUACAUGA